GCACAUGUGGAACCGUCCCAGACAAACACUUCCGGCGAGUAAGAGAAGAACGGGAAAGAAAAGUGGACCAAAGUGGACCGGCGAGCCGAGCUAGCCGCACGCGAACCCUCCAGCUAUCCCCCAACCACCGCUAGUGACUCACACAUAGACCGGCACGUUUUACUCAUAGGUCCUAGUCCGCCAUGGCACUGCCUCCCGGCUACGCCGACAGCGUCCAGGAGUACCCCAAUCAUGCUGCUCAGCUCUUACAGCAUCUCCAAGACUUGCGGAAGGACAGCCGUCUACACGACGUCAUCCUCAAGCUGUCCGACGGCGAAUGGCGGGCUCACAAGUGCGUUCUGUCCGCCUAUUCCGGGUUCUUCCGCGCGCUGUUCAUCGGUUCGGGAAGCCGGGACAAGGAGGUAAAACUGAAGACUGUGACGUGUAAAGGGAUCGGCCCCCUUCUGGAGUACAUGUACACAGGAAAACUCGAGCUGGUGGAAGAAAACGUCAUGGAAGUGUUCUGUACAGCAGGCUACCUACAAGUUUUCAACGUCCUCAGCGAUAUCUCUAAGUUUCUUAGCAAUACCACGCUUUCUUCACAGCAUGGGAGGCACAGCAACAGUAACAGCCUGGGCUACAAUUCAAGAACUGACAGUAUGGACCAGGAAGGCAUGUACAAUGAAAGCAUGGGUGCUACAGUAGGAUUACAACAAGAUUUGCGCUCACAGUCCCCAGAUUCAGGCACACAGUCAGGCGAGGAGUUUAGAACUGAAGAAGAAACAAUGUCAUCUCUCUCAGGAAACAGUUACGAAGUUCUGGCUGCUCAAAUGAGCGAAAUGACAGCAGAUGCCUUUGCUCAGGUAUUGUCGUUGGAUCUAACGUAUAACGGGCAAAAUUCGAUGAUGGUCGAUUCAUCAGUUAUCAUGGACUGCAAUGGUCUUCCCUCUGUGGUUGUUCUCGAUCAGGGUAAAGUUGAGCAGGUACAGGUAGAUCAUUCUAGUGGAGCAAUGCAAGUAGUGGAUAUUCUUGAAGGAGAAGCUAGAAUGGAAGGGACACAAAACAGGGAUACUCACCGGCAGUUUGUUGGUAUGAGCACACAAGACAGUUCAGUACUUUCAUUAGAACAGACUUCCGAUGCCUCUGUACUGGAGUGUUCUGCUCAGAGUAAGGACUUCAUGUUGCAAGAACCAGCAGAAGAAAAGGUGAACUCUUCUGAGCAAGUGUUUAACAGCACAACAGCUGAUGGGAGUGCUACCUGUGGCACGACCCCUAUGUUGGAUGUUGGUACUGCAGGAGGUUUAGACUACCAUUCUUCAGAACAGUGUAAAGGGACCAAAAAUGAAGACCUUGAGGAACAGGAUGGAACCAUCAGUGGGAUUUCUGUGACUUUUGAUCACAGUAAGGCUUCUGAUCCCUUGUCAGAAACACAAGAAGUCCUAGUUGAACAUCAGGGAAAGUUCCAUAAUGUUACAGGGGAGCAAUCACAGUCAGCAGAGGUAGAUAGUAGGGACAGUUCAACAAUUAUGCUGGUAGGGGAUGGACCAAGUGAACCCAAAACACUAGGAGCUGAUGACAACAAUGAAACCUCGAUAGGGCUAAAAACUGAUUUGCCAAAGAAUGUGAGGCCAAAGAGGAAAGCUGCAAGAAAAAACAGUUGCACAACAAAAAAGAAAGACAGAAAAUCAAAGAAUGAUUCCACAGUUACAGGCAGAGAUGAGGUGACAGUUUUGCACCAGAACAACAACGUGCCAAGAAAGCGGCGCCGGAAACUAAAGAACGAUCCCUACCUCUGCAACAUCUGUGGCGAAGAACUACAGACUAGUGGCAAACUGCGAACCCACUUAGCCAACCACGAGGGUGGAAAGAAGCAUGAAUGUCCGAUCUGUUCAACAAAGUUUGGUUACUCCAACCACCUUGCAGACCACAUGCGUAUCCAUACCGGAGAGAGACCGUACAAGUGUAACCAAUGUGACGCAAACUUUAAGCAAAAGUCGACCCUUAUUCGACACACGAGGAGACACACGGGUCUGAUGCCUUACCGUUGCUCUGUCUGUAAUCUGGGUUUCCACGACACAACCCAUCUCAAACACCACCAGAAGAAACACUCAAAAGCCACAAACUCUUCUUCUCGUUCCUUAAAGUUUAAAGAAAAGGAGGAAGAAUUCACGGUUACUGUGAUAGCAGAAGGCGACACGAUUGGUCCAAUUUGCUUGUCGACGGAGCCAAGUUCGCUAUGGCCUGAACCAAGUUGUAUAUCAACUGAUACAAGUAGCUAA